AGUGUGUGGAGUGGGCGGGGGGUCUCCGCGGAGGAGGAGGUGGAGGCGGCGGCGGCAGCGGCGGCGGCGGAAGAGGGCGGAGGGUAAUGGGAUGGGGGUUCCGCGGCAGCGCUGAAACUCCGGGUGGGCGUCCAUGGCGCUGCUUCGCUGACAGGGCUGUGAGUCGAUUGCCUUCCGCUCUCACCAGCUCCGCGUCGGAAUCGCCAGUCCUUCCCCGGGGGAGCCAGUUCCUCCCCGGCCCCCUGAGCCAUGCCCAUCGCGGCCGCCCCGGACGAGCCAGUUAUAAAUUAAUUAUUUGAAAGCAAGUGAACAAUGGAGCCAGACGUCAUUCAGAUGUACUCUUCAUCCCCACCACCACUGGACAAUGGAGCUGAGGAUGAGGAUGAGGAUGAAUUUGGGGAAUUUGGAGGGUUUUCAGAAGUUAGCCCUUCCAGUGUAGGGUUUGUUGAAUUUGAAACACCAGAUUGUACUCGUCCCAAGGAAGAGUUUGUACCUUCAAACCACUUUAUGCCAAUUCAUGAUUUCUCAGAAAAUGUAGAUAGCCUUACAAGCUUCAAGUCCAUUGAAAAUGGUAAUGAUAAGGAUAUCACUGCUGAACUUUCUUCUCCUGUGAAAGGACAGUCUAAUGUUUUGCUCUCUACCACCAGCAAAGAAGUAAUUCCAUCUGAAACUUUAGAUACUUCCAUCGAUGGCAUAGAAAGUCCAGGAAAUUUAAAUAAAAUAAUGGAGCAGAGACAGAAUGUUGGAACACCUGAAAGUUUCUCUCCGAGAGAUUUUAGAACUGAUAUGAAUGUUGUUCAUCAAAACAAGCAUUUACAGAGCUGCAAUGGUGAAAAGCCUCCUUGUCUGGAGAUUCUAACAAAUGGGUUUGCAGUAUUGGAAACUGUAAAUCCUCAGGGAACAGAUGAUCUGGACACUGUAGUGGAUUCAAAAGGAAGAAAGCCUCUUAGCACUCAUGGUACUGAGUAUAAUUUAGACUGUGCACAUAGUCCUGCUGAGGAAUUUUCAGAUUUUGCCACAUUUCCCGAAAAGGAAAGGAUACAACUAGAAGAAAUGGGAUGUGCAGUUUUAAAUGAUAGAGAAGCACUAACCAUUCAGGAAAACAAUAAAAUUAAUAGAGCUAAUGAACUAAAUUCUAUAAAAGAAGUGUCUUUGGGUAGAAACUUUGAUAAUAAAGAACACAUUGAAAGAGAAGAUCAGAUUUGCCUUUCAGAAACAAGCAGGAAGAGUAACAGAGGUCUCAGUACUAAAACACAAGGCCUUCCAACAUUACAACAGGAUGAAUUUUUAAAUUCAAGUGUACAAUCAAAGGCUUGGACUUCGGUUGACUCAGCUGAUAAUUCGGAAGCCAAUAGGAGAGAACAAUGUAAAACUGAGGAAAAACUUGAUUUAUUUACUUCCAAAUGUACUGGCCUAUGCAUGGAUUCUGUUAAAACUUUUGAUGCUGAUGAUGAAGUUAGUUCUUCCAAAGAAGAAAGUAGAAAGUUUACUGAUUACCAAAGCCCCAGCAUUGAUCCUACAGAAGAAAAUGUUUUGGGCGAUCCUAUAAGUGUAAAAAAUGGGGAUAGUAGUAACGACUUUGUGACUUGCAACGAUACUAAUGAAGAUGAUUUUGGUGACUUUGGCACAGCCAGUGGCACAACUCCACCUUUUGUUACCGGUACUCAAGAUUCAAUGAGUGAUGUCACUUUUCAAGAGUCCUCAGAGCACUUUCCACAUAUUAGUGAACCAGGUGAUGACUUUGGAGAAUUUGGGGAUACAAAUGCUGUUUCUUGCCAAGAGGAAAUUAUAUUUACCGAGGCAGACCGAAAACAAAAUUCUGAUAGUUUUUCAGAGGAAGGUAAGUUGGAAAGAAAGUCUACAGGAACUGAACGUGUUUCAGAACUAAAAAUUGGGCAAGAAGGUGAGUUUGGAGAUUUUAAUUCUGUGCCAAAUAUUCAAGAUGACUGCAGUGCUUUUCAAGACUCUGAUGAUUUUGCGGACUUCAGUUCAGCUGGUCCUAGCCAAGUUGUAGAUUGGAAUGCUUUUGAGGAUGGACAGAAAGAUAGUUGCUCUUGGGCUGCUUUUGGAGAUGAGCAAGCUGCUGAAUCUCAUCAUCGGAAGGAAGCCUGGCAGUCACAUAGGACAGAUGAAAAGACUGAUACCCCAGAAACCCUCAAAACGCACAGUGUCCCUUUAGCAACUUCCAAAGGAGCAGUUGCUGGUGGCUAUGUACAGGAAACAGCCACUUCAGUUCAGACAGCUUUACUAAACCGCCUGGAGCGAAUUUUCGAAGCAUGUUUUCCUUCCAUGUUUGUUGUCCCUGAUCCUGAAGAGGAAGUUACUUCUCUGAAGCACUUGCUGGAAACAAACACCUUGCCAAUAAAAACAAGAGAGGCCUUAGCUGAAAGUGGGGAACUGCUGGAUGUGUGGACUGAGCUACAGGAUAUCCACGAUGCACAUGGCUUGAGAUAUCAGUGGGGCGGCUCCCAUAGCAACAAGAAGCUUUUGUGCUCCUUGGGAAUAGACACCCGAAACAUUCUCUUCACCGGCAAUAAGAAGCAACCUGUUAUAGUGCCCAUGUAUGCAGCAGGAUUGGGUAUGUUAGAGCCCACCAAGGAACCCUUGAAACCACUAUCUGCUGCAGAAAAAAUUGCUUCCAUCGGUCAGACAACCUCCAUGUCACCAGAAAUGAAUACAUGUACAUCUGACCAAUUCCAGGAGUCUCUACCACCCGUCCAGUUUGACUGGAGUAGCAGUGGCCUUACUAACCCUUUAGAUGCUAGUGGAGGUUCCACUCUUCUGAACCUUGAUUUCUUUGGGCCCGUGGAUGACAGUAGCUCUAGCAGCAGCACCACAAUCCCAGGUGUGGAUCCAGAGUUGUAUGAGUUAACAACGUCUAAGCUGGAAAUCUCCACCUCAAGCCUCAAAGUGACUGAUGCAUUUGCAAGACUCAUGUCCACAGUUGAGAAGACAAGCACAUCUACCAGGAAACCAAAAAGAGAAGAGCACCUGAGUGAAGAAGCCAUCAAGGUGAUCGCUGGCCUUCCCGACUUAACGUUCAUGCAUGCCAAGGUGUUGAUGUUCCCAGCCACGUUAACACCUUCCACGAGCUCCCAGGAGAAAGCAGACUGAUAGCAGAUAGGAAGUGGACAGUUUCAAUGGCUUUUCCUUCUCUCCAUCCCUCCCCUACCAUCAAAAGCAUACCUGCUGUAAUUAAAAAAAAUUCAAGUUCAGCUGAUUUGUUGGUAAGCCACACUAGAAAGGUAUACAUAGUAAUGUAUAUUUAUUUACAUACUGAAGUCCUAAAUUUAUAUUAGAAAAAAUGUAAAUAAUCGGGGGUGAACAUUUUUGAAGAUUUAUUCUUUUUGUGUUGCUGGGGUGUAUACAUUUAUGUCUUUGUGAAAUACACUGGUGGUGUCCUUCUUACAAAACUUUUGAAAUAAAAAAAAAAAAGAAAAUCAAAAACUCAAAUCUCCACUGUCUGUGAAAUC